AUGGUCAAAGAUACAGAAUAUUAUGACACUUUAAAUAUAUCCCCAGAUGCCACGCCCGUGGAAAUCAAAAAGGCUUAUAGAAAAAUGGCAAUGUUAACUCAUCCAGAUAAACACCCGGAUGAUCCAGAUGCUCAAACCAAAUUUCAAAAAGUCAGUGAAGCAUAUCAAGUGUUAAGUGACCCUGAUUUGAGAAAAAGAUAUGACGAAUUUGGUAAAGAUGAUGCCAUUCCUCAGGAGGGUUUUGAAGAUGCUACUGAGUUCUUCACCAAUAUAUUUGGUGGUGAAGGUUUCAAAGAUUGGAUCGGUGAAUUAAGCUUGUUAAAGGAUUUAGACGACGCAUCUUCUAUGGUUGAUGAAAAUGGGAACUUAAAAUCUGAUUCUAGCGUUGCCGAUGGUACCGGGAAAGCAGGUGAUAUUGUUAAACACGAUGAAAACGCAAGUAAAACAAGACAAAAAGAGCAGUUGAGAGAGAUGGAACGUAAAAGAAGAGAAGAAUUAAAAAAACAAGUCGAUGAAUUAACCGCUCACUUAAAGAAUAAAAUCGAGGAAUAUGAAAUUUCUGUAAAAACAGGCACUGUUAAGGAUUUUGAUUAUAAAUUAGACAAAGAAAUUGAAGAAUUAAAAUUAGAAAGCUUCGGCUUAGAAAUUUUACACUUGAUGGCCAAGAUUUAUAAAACAAGAGCAAAUAACUAUAUUAAGUCUUCAAAGACUUUUGGUUUCAGUAAAAUUUAUACAGGUAUGAAAGAUAAGAAGGAUGAUGCUAAAAAUGUUUGGAAUAUUUUAUCUACAGCCACUGAAGCACAAAGUGCCAUGCAAAAUGUAGCUAAUAUUGAAGAAGGAAAUUUAGAUGCCUAUGAACGUGCUGAUAUGGAAAAAUUCAUCAUGGGUAAAGUUUUAAAUACUGCUUGGGUUAUGUCCAAGUUUGAAACCCAAAUAAAACUAAAACAAGUUUGUGAAAAUCUUUUAAAGGAUAAAACUGUGUCCAAAAAGGAAAGAUUAAAUAGAGCACAUGCAUUAUUACAUUUUGCUGAUAAAUUUGGUAGUGCACAAAGGUCGCCGGAAGAAGCUGAAGAUGCCCGUGUUUUUGAAGAAAUUAUUAAUGAUGCUAAAAAACAAAAGAAAUAUCACAAGAGACAAUACGUUGCACCACAAAAAGAAGGGAGCGCGUCUAUUAAUGUAUGA